AUGAUCGCGCUGAACGGUCGAGUAUACACCCGUCUUGACAUUAUCGGCCGUGGUGGAUCCUCGAAGGUCUUCAAAGUCAUCACCCCGAACAAUCGCAUUUUUGCAUUGAAGAAAGUCAGUUUCGACAAAGCCGAUUACCAGGCAAUUGCGGGUUACAAGAACGAAAUUGCGCUUCUUAAUAAACUGAAGGGCAACGAGCGGAUUGUCACGUUGUUCGAUUCCGAGAUUAAUGAUGCGAAGGGGUAUCUGAUGAUGUUGAUGGAGUGCGGUGAGAUCGACUUGGCGCACAUGCUACAGAAACAAGCUGGGCAGCCUGUCAACAUGAAUUUUAUCCGAUUGUAUUGGCAGCAUAUGCUGCAAGCUGUACAGGCAAUUCACGAGAUGAAGAUCGUGCAUUCUGACCUGAAGCCGGCGAACUUCUUGUUGGUCGAGGGACAACUGAAACUCAUCGAUUUCGGUAUCGCGAAGGCAAUUGGGAAUGAUACAACCAAUAUUCACCGUGACUCACAGAUUGGUACGGUGAAUUACAUGUCUCCCGAGGCCAUUUCUGAUCCGCAAGAGAGGUUGCUGAAGCUCGGACGUCCAAGUGAUGUUUGGAGUUUGGGGUGUAUCCUGUACCAGAUGGUCUACGGCAGAACGCCUUUCGCGCAUUUAACCAUAAUGCAGAAAAUCCAAUACAUCCCGAAUCCUACCUAUCUGGUUACGUUUCCCGAGAUGGCUGCUGAUCUGUUGCGGGUCAUGAAGACGUGCUUGGAGCGGGACCAGAAAAAGCGGAUGACUAUUCCCGAACUUCUUGAGGAUCCGUUCUUGAAGCCCGGCGCUAGAUGGAAUGGUAAGGAGGAGAUGAGGGGAUUAAACUUGCAGACUCUGAAGACCUUGAUGCAACAAUGCUUCGAGGCCGGAAGGGAUGGAAUGUUUAAGGAGUUGGAGGAUGAGCAUGUUCAAGAGGUAUGGAGGAAGCUGGCGAAGUAG